GGAGAAGUAGCUUCCGGAAAGGGUACUGCAUUUUCCGUUUCUACCUCCACUGUACCCGCUUAAUGCGUCUUGCUCCUGGGUCACAGAGCCUAAAACAACACGCCCAACACGCCCGUCGGAGUUACAGCUAAACGCAGGACACGGGAAGCAAUGAAAUGCCGAGGGCGGAGACAAGAGCGACACUGGGGGAGCAGGAAAAGGCGGGGCUUCCGCUUGGGGCAAGGAGGCUGUGCCUCUCCCGUCACUUCCGUAAACAAAGGGAGCUGCGGAGGCGCGGGUCCUGGGAUGUGACCGGGGCUCUACUUGUGGCUGCGGCGGUGGCUUCUGAGGCUGUCGGGUCUUUGCGGGUUGCGGAAGGGGGCCCCAAUACCCUUCUUCUUCAGGUCUUAAGAAGCUGGCCGUGGUGCAAUAAGGAACUUAAAACAAUGGAAGAGCGGAAAGUGAAGAGGAGGAGUCCUAAGUCUUUUAGUGCCCACUGUACUCAGGUUGUCAAUGCCAAAAAAAAUGCCAUUCCAGUGAGUAAAAGCACAGGGUUUUCAAAUCCUGCAUCACAGUCAACUUCACAGCGACCAAAGUUAAAAAGAGUAAUGAAAGAAAAGACCAAACCUCAGGGCGGAGAGGGAAAAGGCGCUCAGUCAACUCCGAUUCAGCACUCCUUCCUCACUGAUGUCUCAGAUGUUCAGGAGAUGGAGAGAGGGCUGCUGAGUCUUUUGAAUGAUUUCCACUCUGGAAAACUUCAAGCAUUUGGAAAUGAAUGUUCCAUUGAACAGAUGGAACAUGUUCGGGGAAUGCAGGAGAAAUUAGCUCGCUUGAAUUUGGAGCUCUAUGGGGAGUUAGAGGAACUUCCUGAGGAUAAGAGAAAAAUAGCCAGUGACUCCAAUCUGGAUAGGCUUCUGUCAGAUUUAGAAGAAUUGAAUUCUUCCAUACAAAAACUCCAUUUGGCAGAUGCACAAGAUGUUCCAAAUACUUCUGCUAGCUAAAAUGAAAUGCAGUUUGCUUUCUUGUGAUUUGAAGAGAAGCAGCAGUCUUUACUUUUCCAGCCAAAUCCAGUAGCGGAAUAUCUUCCUCAACAAGGAAUUAAAGUAAUUAAAGUGCAAGUGCAAUGAUCGUUUUCACUUACUGCUUUUAGUAAAUGUGACUCGCUAUAAUUCGCCAUAACUGGAGGCCUAGGCCUUGUUGAAGGCUUAAUCAGGAACUGCGAUGCAGAGAUUGUGCUGCUAUGCUUCAUAUUGUUGCCUUAUGGGAUUAUACUUGAAAUGCAUUGUGCUAAUGUUCUUGACAGGGCUGAGGGAUUUCUCUUUCCCGAGCUCACCAAACUUAUUCCAGUGUUGAUCGCAAGCUGAUGAUGCACAGGCGUCUUGUGGCAAGCCCAGCUUCAGUUUACGUUAGACAAUCAGUACACACGCUGGUGUGUUUUCCAAUGGCCAGUGAUAAGAAAUUAAAUAAGUAUUUGUGAGAUUUGCUAUUUUUUAAUAAAGUAAUUGUUUUAAAUUAA